UUAUGAUGUAAUAAUUCUUGAAAUAGUUCAACCCUCUUUCAAGAACCGUCGCCGUUGGACUGCCGGCGUGCCUCUCCGAUCGUCUUCCCGCUCGUGAAAAUGGCGAGUGUUUCAUCAAGCGGAAGCUUACUAAAUCCUUCGUCCCGAAAGAGUUUUCUUCUUCCUUCAUGUGUGAUCAUCAUUGUUGGGGUAAUCGUGGCGUUGACUUAUCAGUCGAAGUUGAAACCACCUCCGCCGAAGCUAUGUGGCUCACACGGUGGUCCACCGAUCACAGCUCCGCGGAUAAAGCUGCGAGACGGGAGGUAUCUAGCUUACAAAGAGCAUGGACUUCCAAGGGAGAAAGCUAGCCGCAAAGUCGUCUUUAUCCAUGGAUCCGACUGUUGUAGACACGACACCGUUUACGCCACUCUCCUCUCUCAGAAUUUAGUAGAGGAGCUAGGUAUAUAUAUGGUUUCGUUCGACAGACCUGGUUAUUGUCAGAGUGAUCCGGAUCCAAACCGUACACCUCAAAGCUUGGUUUUGGAUAUCGAAGAGCUAGCUGAUCAACUGAGUUUAGGAUCGAAAUUUUAUGUGCUCGGGUACUCGAUGGGAGGACAAGCGGCAUGGGGAUGUCUUAAAUACAUUCCUCAUCGGUUAGCCGGAGUAACACUAGUUGCUCCUGUUGUUAACUAUUGGUGGAGAAACUUACCUUUGAACGUUUCCACAGAAGGAUUUAACUUUCAACAAAAGAGAGAUCAACGGGCAGUUCGUGUUGCUCACUAUGCUCCUUGGCUUAUCUAUUGGUGGAACACACAAACUUGGUUCCCUGGUUCGAGUAUUGCCAACAGAGAUCAUGGUCUCUUGUCACAGUCGGAUAAAGAUAUUAUUUCAAGGCUUGGUUCUUCGAGGAAACCGCACGGGGCAGAAGUAAGGCAGCAAGGAAUACAUGAGAGUAUAAACCGUGACAUGAUUGUUGGAUUUGGGGAUUGGGAAUUUGAUCCUAUACAACUCGAGAAUCCGUUUUCGAACAAUGAAGGCUCUGUGCAUUUGUGGCAUGGAGAUGAGGACAUGUUGGUCCCUGUGACGCUGCAGCGUUACCUUGCUCAUAAACUUCCAUGGGUUCACUAUCACGAGGUUCCGGGAAGUGGCCACUUCUUUCACUUCAAUAAAGGUGUGGUUGAUGACAUUGUCAAGACGCUCUUAACCACCGAUUCAGUGAAUCAGUAAAAGAGCCGUCUACUGUUUGUAUUGGUCAUUUUCAUAGUUCCCAAAAGUUUUGAAAACCCAACAAAAAAAAAAAAAAACACGGACACAGUGGAGUUAUAUGUACCUGUUGUUAUCUUUUAACUUUUUAAGUAUCAUAAUUUUAAUUUGGUUACUCAUUA